AGAGAGGGGGCGGUAUAUACGAGACUAAAGCACCAGGAGAACCGAUGGAUACCGUCAUUUCUCAGCCGGGGGUCAUCACCACGCAGACCGUCACUGUAUCGCAGAGUUAUCGCUGGGGCAGCGGGCUGUGUGAUUGCUGUGAUGACUGUGGAAUAUGUUGCUGUGCCUUUUGGUGCUUUCCUUGCCUGCAGUGUAGCACAGUCAGUGAUUUCGGAGAGUGCUCUUGCCUCCCCCUCUUGGAUCCGUGUCUGAUGGGGUAUGUUGGGUGUAGCGGAGUUUGUCCCCCCAUAACAAUGGCGACCAGGGCAGCGGUGCGGGAGAGAUACAAGAUUCCGGGGUCCAUCUGUGAUGACUGUAUCACCUCCUGUUGCUGCUAUUCCUGUACUUGGUGUCAGAUCGCCCGAGAGAUCAAGGUCCGGAACCAGUCAUCCACAAUCACCACGGCCCAGACCACCCUGAUCAGUAACGUUCCCAUGAUCCCUCAGGCUCACGGCUACAGCCCCAUUGUGGAAUAUUAAUUCAGUCCCAGCAGCACCAUCACCCCCAUUAUCUGCUCCAACCUGCUGUACUCUCAUCUGUAUACACAACACUGCCACCCCUCCCCUACAUUAUAUAGAGUCCAUCACCAUCCUAUAUGUCUUUUGUAAUAAACAAAACAUUC